UUCAGAGAACAAAGGAAAAUGUACAGAGAAUCAGUGAAUCAUUCGUGCAAAUUCACAAACCAAAACAGCCCAAUACCCAAUUUACCAGCAAGUAAAAUACCCAUUAAGUAGCUAAGAAAACAUUGCAUCAUAAAUAUUUUCCCGAGAACCAAACAGGGGACUCGGUGGUACUACUUACUUCCCAAUAGGCAACGUCGUCUCUGUACCACUGAGUCUUCUCGGUCUGGUUCCUCUUCAUCAGAACCAAGAACUUAAUGGAGUUUCAUCAGCGCCAAGUCCCAGUUGGAAACGAACAUCUUCCGACCAGGCUGGAUCCAUAAAGCAAACAUCUUUUAGAUGCCCACCAUGACCGGUCGCUUUUCUUAUCAAAAUGGUAGUUGGUGUAGUUUCCAUGAAAAAGCAAGGAAAUGAAAUACUGUUUUUCUUUUCAAGAUGAAGCUGCAUGCGGAUUUACAACAUGGAAGGGAAAACAGUAAUGAACCUAGCAAGUCUCCUGCAGGAUAGCAUACAGAAGAAAGCCCCACUAGCAGGGAAAAUACUCCAUGCUCACAUUCUUCGUUUUUGCCUCUUCCCGAACACCUUUCUUUGCAAUCGCCUCAUUGCAUUCUACGCUAAAUGCGAUGACGUUACUGCUGCUUACCAGGUGUUUGAUAAAAUGCCUAGCAAGGAUGCAGUUUCUUGGAACAGUGUGAUCAGCUCGUUAGUACGAAGUGGUUAUAUGCAAAAAGCAUUGACCGUUUAUGAUACGAUGAUUUCGGAGGGAUUUUUGCCUACCCAUUUCACUUUUCCCAGCAUUUUCAGUGCGUGUGGACAGUUGUUGGAUAAUGAGCGCGGUAGGAGGUGUCAUGGUCUCGCUGUUAAGAUUGGUCUUGAUGAGGAUUUAGUUGUUGGUAAUGCAUUAUUAUGCUUCUACACCAAGUGUGAGUCCAUUAAGGAUGCACUUCGAGUCUUUUGGAACAUGCCUGAUACCAGUGAGGUAACUUUUACCACAAUGAUGGGUGGGUUAGCAAAGACGGGUUGGUUUUUGGAGGCACGAGAUAUGUUUAAAAUGAUGUGUAUGAAAGGGAUUCGGAUUGAUUCUGUUUCAUUAUCUAGUCUUUUAAGUGUUUUGGGUGGAAGAGUAAGUGAUGAAUGUGAGUUUUAUGACGAUCCAAGUGAUGGGUUUUUGAGUAAUGCUCCUGGUGAACAAAUUCAUGGCAUUGCAAUUAAACUUGGAUUUGAAAGAGAUCUUCACUUAAACAAUUCAUUACUUGAUAUGUAUGCAAAGAAUGGAGACAUGGAUAGUGCAGAAUUGCUUUUUGCUACUUUGCCUGAAAUUAACACUGUUUCUUGGAAUAUUAUGAUAGCUGGAUAUGGUCAAAAAAAUCAGAGGGACAAAGCUCUGGAAUAUCUGCAAGGAAUGCGGCGUUGUGGUUUUGAGCCAAAUGAGGUCACUUGUAUUAAUAUGCUUGCAGCAUGUGUUAAGUCUGGGGAUAUUGAGACUGGACGAAGAAUGUUUGAUCGAAUAUCAGCCCCAACUGUGACUUCUUGGAACGCUUUACUCUCAGCAUAUUCACAUAAUGAAAACCACAAGGAAGUCAUAAAGAUUUUUAAGGAAAUGCAAUUUAAGUUUGUGCAACCUGAUCGAACUACAUUGGCUGUUACUCUCAGCUCAUGUGCUGGAAUGGGGCUUCUGGAUGCUGGAAAACAAGUCCAUGCUGCAGCGCUAAAGUGUGCUUUUCAUACCAACAAAUAUGUCGCUAGUGGACUUAUUAGCAUGUAUGCGAAAUGUGGGAAGAAAGAGAUGGCUGAGUGUAUAUUUUAUAACAUUCCUGAAGUGGAUAUUGUCUGUUGGAACUCUAUGAUUGCAGGCUUUUCUCACAAUUCAUUGGAGAAAGAAGCUUUCCUUCUUUUUAGCCAGAUGCGUCAAAAUGGUAUUCUUCCUUCCCAGUUUUCUUAUGCAAGUAUACUUAGUGCUUGCACAAAAUUAUAUUCUCCAUUUCAAGGACGACAGGUUCAUGCUCUGGCAGCAAAAGUUGGAUAUCAGAAUGAUGUCUUUGUGGGAAGUGCUCUUAUUAAUAUGUACUGUAACUGGGGUGAUGUAGAUGAGGCAAUUAAAUUCUUUAAUAUGAUGUCUGCUAAAAGUACUGUUACAUGGAAUGAGAUCAUACACGGGCAUGCCCAAAAUGGACGUGCAAGAGAGGCAGUUCAUCUCUAUAAAUGCAUGAUUGAAUCGGGUGAAAAACCAGAUAGCAUAACCUUUGUUUCUGUUCUGGGUGCUUGUAGUCAUUCAGGAUUGGUCAAUUUGGGUCUUGAAAUAUUUAAUUCAAUGCAGAGAGUCCAUGGACUAGAGCCACAAUUGGAUCAUUAUACUUGUGUCAUUGAUUCCCUUGGCAGGGCCAACCGAUUUCUCGAAGCAGAAAUGCUUAUAGAAAAGAUGCCAUAUAAAGAUGAUCCCAUCAUAUGGGAAGUUUUGCUUAGUUCUUGCAGAGUUCAUGCCAACGUGAACUUAGCUAAACGAGCAGCAAAGGAACUGUUUUGCCUGGAUCCACAAAACUCUCUCCCUUAUGUGCUUUUAGCCAAUAUCUAUAACUCUUUAGGAAGGUGGGAUGAAGCAGCGGCUGUUAGAGAACUCAUGAGCAGUAAACAGGUUCUUAAAUAUCCAGGUUCCAGCUGGAUUGAAGAAAAAAGCUAAAUGCUUGACACAUGUAGUGGAUGAGAAUAUUUGAUAGUACUAAGGCAUAUUUUCCAGCAGACAUAUGGGUGGGUAGAGUCCAAUUUUCUAGCUACACAGACGUUUAAUUCUUGGAUACAAGCUAAGUUGGGCUCAUUGUUAUUCUUUAUAUCCAAAGAGAGUGAAGAGAAAAGAAGAAGAUCAUCAUUUUUAACUAUCCUUAAAGGUGGCUUAUCCACUUUAUGAUCUAUCUGGAUAAAACUUAAUAUAUAUUUUAAUUUGAAUGUAUCACAAAACUUUGUAAUUUUUGGACCAUUAGGAGUAUACAACAUAAAUCUUUUUAGACUAGAAAUCUGUACACUCAUUAGAGUAGGACUCUACAUUGUAAUGUUAUAAAUAGCAUCUAAACUUGAUGAG